AUGGUUACCGAACUACCAUAUGCGCUCGAUGCCGAGACACCACUAAACGGCCCCGAACUCAAUGUCUUAAAAGCGCAAUACGAGCGGGAGGGUGAAAUGGUUGGCGUCCAGACCAAGUUCAACUACGCCUGGGGUCUCGUCAAGUCCAACCAGCGAAACGAUCAGCAGCUCGGCGUGCGUCUCCUCUCGGACAUUUUCCGCAUCUCUCCCGAGCGCCGCCGCGAAUGCCUCUACUACCUAGCCCUAGGAAACUACAAGCUGGGCAACUACGGCGAAGCCCGCCGGUACAACGACCUGCUUCUCGACAAGGAGCCCGCCAAUCUGCAGGCGGCCAACCUGCGCCAGCUGAUCGAUGACAAGGUUGCCCGCGAGGGUCUCAUGGGAGUUGCCAUCCUGAGUGGCGUUGGUGUCGCGGCUGGUGUAGUGGGAGCGUUCCUUCUGAGAAACGCGAGAAAGAGGUAA